UAAAAAAGACUAGGCAACACUGGUCAACAGUACAAAGUCAAAAGGCAAUUGCCUUUACUUACAAACGUAUCUUUUUAUUUGCAGUAAUAUAAGUUGGCUAAAGUAAUUUCAACACGCCAAAUAUUAGAUCACUCUUCAGGUAACUGUGUAACCAGGAAUUGAAAAAAUAAGUUGAAUUUGUUAGUCCCUCUGACCUUUGUACAUUGUGCUGUGCUAGAAAAGACUAGAAUUGUGAAACUCGCUUAUAGCAAGAAUAGUUUUGUGCAAUAAACAUAAAAAUGUCACUAAAUAAACUAGUGGGUGGUGAUUGUGGUGGCAAUAACGCGCUCGUGCAACUGUCUAAAAUAGUCAGCCGAGAUGCGGCGAUAUCUCAGCAGCAUUCGCAGGCGGACAGAUUCGUCAACGAAUUUAUGACUCAAAAUCCACAAACAUCACAAACUUUUAAUAUGAAUGCAUUACUUGGCAAUUUGCCAAAAACAGAAAACAAGAAUACUGCAUUAGUUCCACAAACGACACAAGUGCCUGGUAUAAGCUCACAAGUUAGCAGACAAUGGGGAGCUGGCCCCUCCACGUCUUACAUUCCUUCACAGCCUAUUUUGAGACCAUUUUUUAUGCCACAGCAGUCCUUACUAGCGCCACAGACAUCAUCUAAUAUACAAUUAAAGUAUAUAAGUGAAUCUGAAGUUGCUACUAAUACUGAUGUUAAAGCAAAAGCUCAAGAGUAUGUCAAUGCUGUUAAAGAUGAUGAUGAACUGGCUUAUAAUCAAUUCAUGUCAUUUAUGAAAAGAAUCUCUGCAGGAGAAUUAAAUCUAGGAGAAACUACAGAAGGCACUCAAAAAAAACUUAGCAAAGAUGAGUUUUUAACAGAAAUGGAAGAAAAAUACAAAGAAGAUUGGGACAGGCUUAGUAAUAUUACUGAUUAUUGGAGUUCUGAAACUGCCAAUGGUAUACCAAAGGAAUAUACAUUCAGUGAGGGUAACAUUAUGUUGGAAAAUAAGAGUGCUCUAGAAAUAGGAAAAGAAAAGCUAAAAAUGGGUGAUAUUCCUGGAGCUUCAUUGUGCUUUGAGGCAGCUUGCCAACAACAACCAGAUUCUGCUGAGGCAUGGUUUCUUCUUGGAACAACACAAGCUGAAAAUGAGCAGGAUCCCUUGGCAAUCACAGCACUGAAAAAGUCAUUAGAAAUUGACCCAAGACAAUUAGAAGCAUACAUCACUUUAGCAGCCUCUUAUACAAAUGAAAAUUUACCAAAAUUUGCAUUCAUUUCUUUACUAGACUGGUUGAGAGCUAGUCCUAAGUACAAUGAUUUGAUGCCCCAAGAUGUGGAUCCUAAGAAGAUGGAUUUAAAAGAACUAGAAAACCAUGUAAAGUCAUUAUAUAUGAAAGCAGUACAAUUACAGCCCACACAAAUUGAUCCUGAUGUUCAAAAUGCUCUUGGUGUAGUGUUCAAUAUUAGCCAAGAAUAUGACAAAGCUGUUGAUUGUUUCAAAACAGCAUUAAUGGUGGCGGCUGAUAAUGCAAAAUUAUGGAACAGGUUGGGUGCUACAUUAGCCAACAGUGACAGAUCAGAGGAAGCUGUUGAUGCUUACCAUGAAGCUCUUAACUUGGAACCUGGAUUCAUUAGAGCUAGAUACAAUGUUGGUAUCACUUGCAUGAACUUAGGAGCACACAGGCAAGCAGCAGAACAUUUUCUGGUGGCAUUAAAUCAGCAAUACAAAGCUAAAAAUAUGUUUCCAGAGGCAACAUCAACAGACACAAGCUCUUCGACGAUAUGGACAACACUAAGAAUGGUAUGUUCUUUUAUGGGAGAACAUGAUGUUGCAAAACUAGUUGACGAACGGAACUUAUUUGAACUGAAAAAGUUUUUUGAAAUAGAAUGAGAUCUAAUACGCCUACAAAAUAACUAAAAAAAUGGGAUAUCUAUGCAAUGCAAUAAGCUUUAAUAAUAAUAUAGAAAAACAGUGGAUAUAUAAGGGUUGGUUUUACAAUUGUUGCAUAAAUUCUACUGGAAAAAAUAAUUAUUUAUCCAGAAUAAUUUAUCUGGAAAUUGGCAAAUCAGCAAUAAGUAUGUAUAAUAAUUUACUGGAAGGGUUAUGCUAUUGAUUUUUAAUUCAUAUGAAAUAUAUUUUUUUAUUUAACAUAAU